AUGACUCGUGCUAAUAUGAUGAACAACUACUUUAACCCCAACUCUAUGUACACAGAAGAGGAUUUCAAACGUCGCUUCUGGAUGAUGCAUCAUGUCUUCGAGUGUGUACUUCGUGAUGUCCAGCAGGUCAAUCCAUACUUUCGACAGAAGCGGGACAAAACAGGCCUCCCUAGUUUCUCACCUCAUCAGAAGGUUACAGUUGUAAUCCGAAUGAUGGCCUAUGGCUCCCCAGCUAAUUCGAUGGAUGAAACCCAUGAUAUGUUUGAGUCUACAUGCCUUGAUACUUUUGAACAAUUAUGUGUCAUAAUUGUUCAGGUUUACAAAGAUGAGUACCUCUGUGAGCCAAAUCAAUAA